AUGCCCUCUCCCCCGAAUUUCGCGGUGCAAACCCUAGCCUCCUUCCACCUCGCGCCACCGGACACAAUUCCCCAGCCGCCAGACGCGUCCGCCGCCGCCGCCCCAGCCAACGGGGGAGCACCACGUCACCCCGCUCCGGCUUCCCCGCCGCAGCCCGCCGAGGCCCGCCCCGGGCCGAUCUGGGCCCAGGCGCCCGUGCCCCGCGCCCUAGCUCCUGCGCCGCCGCCGGAGUGCGCCUCCGUCGCCCAGCGCCGCCUCGCCUCCUCGCCGCCGGCGCGACCCCCGCGCUACCUCCAGCCCCGCCGCCAGUCUCCGCCGCCGCCCCUCGGACCUCGCCGCUUCGGCGUCCGCGCCCGUGCGCCGGCGCCGCCGCGCGCCCCGUGCCCGCAGCCGGCCCUGCCGCGCUCGCCGCACCCCGCCGAGCCACCUCUGUCGCCGCCGCACCCGGAUCCGGCGUCAGCCGGCCGGAUCUGGACAGCCACCGUCGCCCCUCGCCGGGAUCGCCAUCGGGCGCCGCCGCCCUGCCUCCCAGUCCCGAUCGGGAUCGAGGGAGACGCCGCAGCGCUCCGCUCGCCCGCGUGGGCCUCCCCCCGUGCUGGCCCGCGAGGCUCAGCCCGCCUCUCCUUCCCCUCCGGCCCAGCGGCCCGCUGGUGA